AAUAGCCGCGUCACGUGACUGGGAACAGUAGUAAGACAGGUGCCUUCAGUUCAGCCUCAGUAAGGGGCUAGCAGCCUGCAUGAGUGCGAUCUCUGUGCGCGACUGGGGAUUGUAGUUCCAAAGGUUUACUUACUGCCGUCAUUCAGGGGCUGGAUGGCGUGGGAGAUGUCCAACCAGGACUCUGUUUGGAGUGACAUAGAGUGCGCAGCCCUGGUUGGGGAAGACCAGCCCCUUUGCCCAGAUUUACCGGAACUUGAUCUUUCUGAACUUGAUGUGAAUGAUUUGGAUGCUGACAGCUUCCUGGGAGGGCUAAAGUGGUACAGUGACCAAUCCGAAAACAUUUCCAGUCAGUACAGCAACGAAUCAGCGGAUAUAUUUGAGAAGAUAGAUGAAGAGAAUGAAGAGAAUUUGCUAGCCGUUCUUACAGAGACAUUGGACAGCCUUCCGGUGGAUGAGGAUGGAUUGCCUUCAUUUGAUGCACUGACAGAUGGGGAUGUGACCAAUGAACAUGAUCCUAGCCUUUCCUCUAUGCCUGACGGCACCCCUCCAAGUCAGGAGGCAGAAGAGCCGUCACUACUUAAGAAGCUCUUACUGGCUCCAGCUAACGCUCAGCUGAUUUAUAAUGAAUGCAUUGGUCUCACUACGCAGAACCAUGCCAACCUUAAUCAGAGGAUCAGAACAAGCUCUGCGGUUGUUAAGACCGAGAACUCAUGGAGCAAUAAACCGAAGAGCAUUUGUCAGCAGAAGGCACAAAGGCGUCCCUGCUCGGAGCUUCUUAAGUACCUGACUGCAAAUGAUGACAUUCCUCAGACCAGAGCGUCGGAGAGCCGGAGUAACAGCAAGCUCGACAAAUGCAGCACCAAAAAGAAACCCUAUCUGCAUCCUCAGCCACAUAUUCAAGCCAAGACGACAAGCCUGUCACUCCCUUUGACGCCUGAAUCACCAAAUGAUCCCAAGGGUUCCCCAUUUGAGAGCAAGACUAUUGAACGAACCCUAAGUGUGGAGCUCUCUGGAACUGCAGGACUAACUCCACCAACGACCCCCCCUCACAAAGCCAAUCAAGAUAACCCCUUCAGGACUUCUCCUAAGCCGAAGUCGUCCUGCAAAUCUUUUGCACCACCUGCUAAAAAAUCUCGUUUCAUUGAGUCUUCCAGUGUCCAAGUUAUUAACGCUACUAGGAAAGGUCCAGAACAAUCAGAACUGUAUGCACAACUUAGCAAAACCUCUAUAGUAUAUGGACAGGAGGAGAAAAAAGCAAAGCGGCCUAGUUUACGACUCUUUGGAGACCAUGACUACUGUCAGUUUAUGAAUUCAAAGUCCGAAAUACAUAUUAGCUUAUCUCAAGAAUUACAGGCCUCAAGACACCUUGAAUGUAAGGAUUCUUUGCUGGGGAAAAAAAUGCCGGUCUGCUUAAAUGCAGAUCGAGAGCAGUGCCAGAAAGAUAUUUUUCAGGCAACCAUGCCUGGUUCUCAGACCAGCAAUAGGAAACCACUUCAAGACCAGGAAAUCCGCGCCGAACUCAACAAGCACUUUGGUCACCCGAUAAAAGCCGUUUAUGAGGAAGAGAACAAAGACGGUGAACAGAGAGACAAUGACUUCAGUGAUGAGCAUUUUUCUAGACUACCUAUGUUUUUAACUACUGGCCUAGGGAUGGACAGUUUGUUUGACGACAGUGAAGAUGAAAAUGAUAAACUGUGCUACUCUUGGGACGGAACCGAGUCCUAUUCCUUAUUUGAUGUCUCGCCUUCAUGCUCAACAUUUAAUUCUCCCAGCAGAUACUCUGUAUCACCACCUACUUCUUUACUUUCACAAAGAUUGUGUUCCAGAUCCCGUUCUAGAUCAUUUUCUAAACAUAGAUCAAGCUCUCAAUCGCCCUAUUCCCGUUCAAGGUCCAGAUCACCAUCCAGCAGAUCGUCAUCAGGGUCUUGCUGCUUCUAUGAGACAGAUCAUUGUAUCCAAAAACAUUCUCCAGUAUAUAUUCGAUCACGGUCAAGGUCACCAUAUGGUCGCAGACCCAGAUAUGACAGCUACGAGGAAUAUCAACACGAAAGGCUGAAGAGGGAGGAGUACCGCAAAGAAUAUGAGAAACGCGAGUCGGAGCGAGCUAAACAAAGGGAGAGGCAAAGGCAAAAAGCAAUUGAAGAACGCCGAGUGAUUUACGUUGGCAAAAUGAGAACAAAUACAAGUCGGACAGAAUUGCGGGCCCGGUUUGAAGUUUUUGGUGAAAUUGAAGAAUGCACGGUGAAGCUUCGAGACGACGGAGAUUGUUACGGUUUCAUCACUUACCGCUACACCUGUGAUGCAUACGCUGCUCUCGAGAACGGUUACUCUCUGCGCAGGUCUAACGAACCCGACUUUGAGCUUUGCUUUUGCGACCGAAAGCAGUUUUCCAAGUCCAACUAUGCAGAUUUAGAUACAAAUUCAGAUGACUUCGAUCCUGCUUCCACCAAAAGCAAGUACGACUCCUUGGAUUUUGACAGUUUGUUCAAAGAGGCACAGAGGAGCCUACGUAGGUAACAUGCAUCGACGCCAAGCUUCAUGGAAAGAUGGAGAAUACCUCACGGACAUUGCGUCCAUCAAUAACAAACCCUUGAAAGUCAAACCUAGGAAUUUCUCCUACUUUACAGUCUCUGUACUACAAUGGUUUACAUGAACAAAGCUGCUGAAGACUGAAGAGGCAAAUUGAUUGUCAGUUAUGCACAUAUAUCCACGGGUGUCAGAAGAUAACUACUUCACGGUGGCAGUUGUUAUAUCCAUGCAAAAGACAACAUCCGCUUUCCGUCAAUGAGGAAGGUGGAAGCCACUUAUGAAAGCCUUGGCAGUCCUAGAGACAAAUGCAGAAAAUAAA